GGAAGAAAAAGUCUGGUAAACGUGGGUUCCUUGAUCAGCGACGGAGAAUACACAGCGUUGUCUCCGCUGCAAGACACCAAUCUCGGGACACAGCUUAGACCAAUUCCCUUGUCCUUCACUCCUUGCCCUAUCGGCUUGUUGAGAGAGAGAAUCCUCAACUAUGAUCUGCAUAUAUACCUCGAAUGACAACCCCUCCUUCCCUCCUGUCCCUCACAAUCCAUUCCGCCAUCCAUAAUCUCUCUCGCAUCUCCGAUCUCUCCUUUCUCCCUGAUCACGUCGUCCUUGAUCUUUUCCUGGAAACAUUAAGGGCUGGAAAGUUAAACGAGAGGGUUUUAAAGUUGUUCGUGGCAACUGGAAAAGAUGAAGUUCUUUCGCUCAUCGAGGCAUUCAAUAUCCAGCAAAUUGUCACCCCUGUUCUUCCUACCAUUUUAAAGAUGUCCCAGCUUAAUAUUAUGGAUAGCGAGGUCGACAUUGUGGUCGGAGCGCUCCACUCUGAUCUGACUUCAUUUAUGAAUGAAUGGAAGCCUAUUUUCUCCCAAUACCACUUGAUUAUUGUCAAGGAUCCUGAACUCAAAGAGGACCUCAUAAUUCCAGAUGGCUUUGAUCUUGAUGUCUAUUCUCAACAAGAUAUAGAUAGAAUUGUUGGUGCUUCUAAUUCAAUUAAAUUCUCUGGUUACUCUUGCCGAUACUUUGGCUACCUCAUGUCCAGAAAAAAAUAUAUCAUCUCAAUUGAUGAUGACUGUGUUCCAGCCAAAGAUGAUAAGGGCUUGUUAGUAGAAUUUGUAGCGCAGCACAUAUCGAACCUUUCAACUCCAGCCACUCCUUUCUUCUUCAACACACUGUAUGAUCCAUUUAGGAAAGGAGCGGAUUUCGUCCGUGGUUACCCAUUUAGUUUAAGGAGUGGGGUUGCUUGUAGUCUGUCAUGUGGACUGUGGCUGAAUCUAGCAGAUUAUGAUGCACCAACACAAGCCCUCAAGCCAAGUCUGAGGAACACGCGCUAUGUCGAUGCAGUCCUCACUAUUCCAGCAGGAGCCAUGUUGCCUGUGAGUGGAAUCAACAUUGCGUUUGAUCGAGAGGUGGUUGGUCCUGCUUUAUGUCCAGCUUUGAGAUUGGCCGGGGAAGGAAAGUUUCGGUGGGAAACCAUGGAAGAUAUAUGGUGCGGAUUAUGCGUUAAGGUGACAUGUGAUCACCUGAAGCUUGGUGUGAAAAGUGGGCUGCCGUAUGUUUGGAGAAAUGAAAGAGGAAGUGCAGUAGAGAGCCUGAAGAAAGAGUGGGAAGGGGUGAAGCUAAUGGAAGAAGUUGUUCCCUUCUUUCAAACUCUUAGGUUACCAGAAGCAGCAGUUACAGCUGAAGCCUGUUUCCUCGAGAUAGCGAAGGCAGUGAAGGAGAAGCUCGGGCGGUCGAAUCAAAUGUUUGCUCGUGCUGCUGAUGCCAUGGUCGAAUGGGUCGAGAUUUGGAAGAACGCUGGAUCGGGUCCUUUGCCUGUGGACAAUUAGGAGGAGUUGAUGAGUGAGUUUGGCCUCCUUCACUUCCCCCCCCCCCCUUCCCUUCAAUGAAUAACAGAAAGCUCCCUCUAUUUUCUUGCUGUAACAAUGAUUUGAGAAGACUGUUGAAAUUUCGUAAUGGCGAAGAGAGAACUGUUUCACAGUUAUUUUACUUUCAUGUUUGAUAUAUCUCAGCAUCACUGAAGGCUGUUGUUUUGUUGUUUGUGAUUGGCUGUGGACAAUGGAUGCUUCGUAUGAAAUGCUUGUGAUUGAAUACGGUUCUGG